AAUGUCCAUCUUGUGAACUUGGCAACUUGCACGUAACAGCAACUAGAUUCACUAAACGAUAUGAUAUCGUUCUUCUCGAAACUCUCGUUGAAGAACUCAGAAAAGCCGGCUGAAGAAUUAGCUAAACCUGCGUAUAUGGACAAAAGUGCUACAUUGCAGGAGCUCGGGUAUAAAGACGAUAAUGACCUGAGAGAGACAAUAUAUGGUUUGUUUUGAACAUUUUCGAGUGCUUUGGGAUUGUUUUUAAAGAAUUUUUCCGUGGUUUUAACCAGUGUUGUGGUGUUCUAGACUUUUUGCGGACAAUACGGGAUCCAGAGAAGCCGAGUACGUUAGAGGAUCUCAAGGUUGUUUAUGAAGAGGGAAUAUUUGUUAAAGAGCCCACAGCUGACAAGGUUCCUGUUUUGCGUGUGGAGUACAAUCCCACAGUGCCUCACUGCUCGCUGGCGACGCUCAUUGGAUUAUGCAUUAGAAUUAAAAUAUUGAGAUCAAUACAUCACCCUGUGAAAUUAGAUAUAUUUAUAAAGAAGGGAGCGCACACGACAGAAGAUGAAAUUAACAAGCAAAUCAAUGACAAAGAGAGGAUUGCAGCCGCGAUGGAAAAUCCUAAUUUAAGGAACCUUGUGGAAAACUGCAUCGCUGACGAAGGAUAAAAAAGUAGUAGAGUAAAUAUAAAACAUUAGAUCGAGUUCGUAGUGUUGUUCAUAAUACAUUAGCGUAGAAAACAUGGCGCCAGAUGCAGCUUUUUCAAAUAUAAGUGACAAGAAUGAGUUCACAAAAUUCGCCAAAUUCCUUGCCUACAAAGGAGUCCAAGUAAUCGUCGAAUCGAGGAAAGGUGUCAAAAUUGAGCCAAACAGUAAAAUAAACACAUCGGAUUCUGAUUGGUUCAACCUGCAAAUCCCAGACUCACCAGAAGUGAACCAGGCAACGAAGAAUGCCUUACCUUCGGAUAGAAUUCUGGAAACAAUUAAAUCACAACUACAUGUUGAAAUAUCCGUACAAACCGAGGAUGGAGAUGAGAUGGUCCUAGAGUUAUGGACUUUGGAAUUAGAUGAUACACAAUUUGACACAUCAUUGAAAGCUAUGAAUACUGUAUACUUCCGAAUGGGUAUAUUAUUAAAGUCCUUGAUAACUAUUACGAGAAUAACACCUGCAUAUCAUCUAUCGAGGAAGCAAAGGACGGAAUCAUUCACAAUAUUCUACAGAGUAUAUAACGGAGAACCGAAACUUAAGACACUUGGUGAUUCGGUUAAGAAAAUUCAAGCUGGACUGUUGAAAACACCUUUGGGUGGCCUCUGCUUCACCGUGUCUUACAGAACUAACUUUUCGAUAUCCCCAAAUCGUUCUCAAACUGAUAAAACACUUCUGUUAAAGAGUGAUCAUUUCGAAUUGAGUCCGAAACAUGUCAUUUUUGAAUCCAAAAAGAAAAAGGAAAAAGAACCUAAGUCGUCGCAAGUGGAUUUGAAUAAACCCCUACGAUUACCGGCGUUUGUUGAUGAGGUUCUUAUUCAACAAGUGAUCAAAGAUUUUUUUGAGCAAAUACCGAUUCCAAUUUGUAGAGUGCGACCAAAACCGAAAACACCAGAGGAAAUUGUAAUAGAUUGCAAAAGUACACAAGAUUUGGACAUGAAUGCCAUGUCGAAGAGUCCAACUUCUUUAGAAUUACCACCGAAAAAGUUUCCCGGUUUCCGAAGUGAGACUGAACCACCAUUGAAACUUUUGCACUUUCCUUUCGCUGCUGACCAUCCUAUUCGAGAGCUGGCUGAAUUUUAUAAGGAUUUUUUUAAUGCACCUCAUUUGAAGUUGGCUGAUGACUACUCAGCGAGGAUUAAGACAGCGGAUUGUCAGGAAACUGAAAUUACAAGCGAUGACCUUUCCAGAGACCUGGCACUACACGAAAGCUCGUUACUGGAAUUUGAUGAGCUGCUGGCCGACAUGUGUAGAUCAGCGGAGUGGAGUGGGAAUUAAGGGAUCAUUGGAGUGUAUGGUGUUGGAAGACUGAAUGUUAUUAAUUAUCAAAUAUAUGUAUUUAUUCCUUCAAAUUCGUAUUUAAUUUACAACAUAAAAUUAGUCAUAAUUUUUCUUUUAUAUCUAGUUACUAUGUUUAAGAAACGAUUCGUUUUGCUGUGUGACAGUGGAAUUGUUUAGGAUGCUUAAAUCAAAAACUACCAUCGACUUAAUAUUUCCAGAUCAGAAGCCGACAUGUAGCAUAGUCUAAAGUAGUUAAAUUGUACGAAGGUGACAGAUCAGUUUUUCUAUAAAGAAUUGGAAACGUCAAUUAGACAAUUCUACCCUCCGUAAGUUAAACGACUCGUUUUUUUUAAUAUAGUGUCGAAGUUUAGUAAUUUUAAGUACCUGACUGAAAUGGAAUUAAAGAUUGAAACAUAAAGCGAUUAAUUAUAUAUUAAUGUCAAAAAACACUAAUAUUUAUUCCUUAUUUGUUGCUUUCUGUAGUCUAUUGUUGGUGUUUUGCUAUCUUUAAUGUAUAGAAGUAUAUUUGAAUACAUGGACUAGUUAGAUCUCAAUGUUAUACUUUGCUCAUUUAUUAAUUGUAAAUUCCUUGUAUUAGUAACCCUUUAGGAUAAAAUCAUUUUAGUUGGUAAAUUAAAACACUCCUUUAAAUGGCAACAUUUGUAAUAAGAUUUAAAAAAAAGAACUUUAAUAACAAGAUUUGUUUUUGCGGUAAUUUGAAACAAAUUUCCAAAUCUCGUAAAGGUUUAUAUGAAUGAUUGUAUUGUUGCCAGAAACGAAAAUGAAAAAAGAAAAAUAGCUAAAUAAGUUUAAGUUUUAAAUUCAGUUCCAAAAAAUGAUAUCUUACUAACAAUUGAAUUUAAAUAAGAUAUAGUAAAAAGAAUGGGGACCAGAAAAGCUCAUAUGUCUUCGACAUGUUUGUCAGCAGGAUAUCGAUUUUAUUUUAUUAUUCAAUGAAACGUUCCUUUAUUAUUAUUAAAUAUUUCAGUUAAAUUUAAUAAUCGAUUUAAUUGAAAUAAAUAUCCGAAUAAUACCAAUUCAAUCAAUUGUUAUAACUUGAUUUUACAUCGACAUAUCCGGUAAUUAAUACCGUAUUCAAUAAAGUAAAACAAGGCGGCGAUGUAUCGAGUUAAAUGAGAACUGUAGAUGUCCAAUUCAGGUUUCUGGUUUACCGAUUAUGAGGUUAAAGAAUUACCACAUGAUUAAUAAUAAUGAUGAUGGUCUUUUAGAUAAAACUAAUAACUAUUGGUCAUUGGAUUGAUUGACUGUGUGAAUGUAUCGUGGACUAUGGAUAGUGAAUUUAAUUUUUGGUUGGGAAAGAGGUCGAUGAAACGUACCAUAUUUUCAAGACAGUAAUAUCAUAAUUACAUAUUUUUAUUGUAUUGUAUAUAAUUGGUAUUAAACUUAUCCUAUGAAUUUUAUAAUGUUCUGAGUGGCAUUGAAAUGUAUUUUAAAUGUAUAUUUUAUAAUUACGUUACUUUUUAAAUGAAUUAUUGUGUACUUCAAAUAAAAUACUUUAAUGUAUCUACUUUUCAAAUAGAAUAAACUUUUAUGAAGUUGAUAGAA